AUGUUGAAGAAAAUGCAGAAUCCGAAGGCUGUUAUUGAUCUCUCUGUGCGAGGCGAGUAUGAGGGAAUAGUUAAGGAAAAGCUGAUCUCAAUUCCUUACUCGGACCAUUCUUCCCGUAAAGAGAUUGCAGCCUUCCUGUCAAGACUACGGUUUGGAGAACUCAUUCCAAUAAGCGACUCUAUGGACUCGUCGACAAUGGUGGAUUUGAUGAAACUUUCACGCGAAAUGUGUCACUCGUCGAGCUCAUGCCCAAAUGCUGAUAUUCAGACGGUAUCAAAUGUUCGACCAGCUCGAUUGGGUGAAGAAGAGGUUCUCACUACGCCUACUCCAAAGCUAAAAUUCGAUUUCUCCGCUUUCCGACCUGUCGACAUGAGCGGAAUGUGCGUUGACGUCAACGGGACCAGGAUUGAAUUCAACGCUCUGAGAGCGCUGGCACCACCGGAAAUAACAUUUUCUUGCAAGCCACCUCCUCGUAUCACAAUAAGCGACGUACUUGAAAUUGGUUUUGAAGACUGA